AUGGGAAUCCAGUUUGAAUUAAGCUCCAGUGUCAAACAGCUUUCUCUGCACCUGAGUCUGCACAAGAUCAGGAGCGCAAACGAGGAAAUUAUUUUAAAGACACUGGAAGGAAAUGAAAAGCUACUCAAUAAAAUAGGUAAGUUGUUUUGGUCUUUGAAUGAUCGGAUUUUAUUUGAUAAUGGGCUGUUAUCUGAAACUUUGGAGCUGAGUAUUCAAAAAGCAAACUGCAAGCAAACCGAUGAACUGCAGGCUGCAAAAGCAGAGCUGACAAGGCGGGUGAACAAGUUGUUUCCAGACUCUAAUUUGUUCAGAGUAUGGGGAGGUGAUCUUUCUGAGCAGGAGCAGAAGAUAGCUGAGAACCUUUUCAAGCUUUAUGGUUAUAAUGUGUUCCUUAGUGACAAAUUACCACUCAACAGGACACUACCGGACACUCGAGACUCCAGACCAGAGGAUCAUGGAAUUGAUAUAGGAGAUGUGACAGAAAGAAAAAAACUGAGAGAGCGUCUGCAGUGUAAACCAUUCAAAUGGUACCUGGAGAACGUCUAUCCAGAAUUAGACCCCUGGGACAAUGUAGUUGGCUAUGGUGUAGUACGCAAUGACCUAUUAGAAAAUAACUGCAUUGAUCAGGGUCCUGUUCCUGGCAGUAUACCUAUUUUUUAUCAAUGCCAUUUUUCAGCCCCUCAGCUCUGUUACUAUAGGAGGAGUGGGGAGUUUUACAUUGGGGGCAUCAAAUCUCACAGGUACAACAGUAACCGCUGCCUGGUGGACCCUGGUCAAGGGGCCACACCUGCAUUGCAUGACUGUAAAAUGGCCAAGGCAAAAGGAUUUCAUAUGCACUGGGACUUUAAACAGGGUCAUGCAAUAAGGAAUAAAGACACAGGACGAUGUCUGGAAAUUGCUCAAGGAGUGGAGAUGUGGUACGAGCUUGUCAUUCAGACUUGCAGUGGCCAACAAUGGAGAAUACAGCAUGUUGCUGAAGAAUUUUAACUACAACCAUAAUUGCCUUAUUUAUUUACAGACCAAAGAAUGUAACACAAGAAAUAAUGUACACUAAAAGAUCCAAAGAAUGUGUUACAACCACAACCACUACUAACAGGUGUAAAAAGUAAUA